UUGACAGAGUCUGUUUCCAUAGCAACAGAGCUACCGAAGCCGACGCUGAAACGUCAACAAAAAAUGACAACUUGUGUACUACUGAAGAAAUUAAAGCGUAAGUUAAAACAAAAGUAGAUAAUUGGAAAACUGAUAAGACGGAAGAGAAGGAAAUCAAUAUUUAGACUUUUCUCGUUAUUUGCCUUUAAUGUCUUGCUUACUUUCAUCUCUUCAAAGAUGGCGGACAAUUAGAAAGGUUCUUUAUCUCGCUGUUAUGUUGCUUUAAUUUCAUGUCAAAUUAAAACAGUUUCAUUUUGAUGAUCAUGGCGGAGGUUCGUAUCCGUGUGGCGGUUCGGUUGCGUCCACUGCUACCCAGGGAGCUACUACACUCCCACCGGGAAUGUUUACGGGUAAUCCCGGGGGCCCCUCAAGUGAUGCUCGGGUCCGACCAGCUCUUCUCCUUCGACCACGCCUUUGGACCGAGCUCCAGCCAGCAUGAAGUGUACGAGUCCUGCGUUCGGCCGCUGACAAGGGGCCUGCUGGACGGAACCAAUGCCACCGUCUUCUGUUAUGGACAAACCGGGUCUGGGAAGACGUACACGCUGGGAGGGAACAAGAUGGAUGCAGAAGGAGGCAUCAUCUCCUGCUUUGCCAAGGAUGUCUUCACCCUGCUGGAUAAGAAGAAGCAGAGCAGCAGCAAUGGAGUACAUGCUACGGUUCGCCUGUCCUACUUGGAACUGUACAAGGAGGAGCUGAGGGAUCUUCUGGAGCUCGAUACCUCGGGCAAAGACCUUCACAUCAGGGAUAACAUUAGAGGAAACACAGUGGUGGUGGGAGCCAAAGAGGUGGUGGUCUCCUCCUCUGAGGAGCUCCUCAACAUCCUGGAGGUGGGCAACGCCUUAAGGCAAACAGGCGCCACCGGCAUGAACAAGCACUCCAGCCGCUCCCACACCAUCCUCACACUGUGGCUCACCCAGACCUUCCCCGAUAAGCCCUCCAAGGCCGAGCGCCUCUCCAAGUUCUGCGUGGUGGACCUAGCCGGCUCGGAGCGUGUCGGUAAAACGGGAAACACUGGGAUAAGAUUUGAGGAGUCAGUCCACAUCAACACGGGCCUCCUGGCGCUGGGCAACGUCAUCCGCGCCCUCACCAAUGCGGGUCGCCAACGCGGCGCUUAUAUUCCGUACCGCCACGCCAAAAUCACCCGCCUGCUACGUGACUCGCUCGGAGGCAAUGCCUGCACCUUAUUGGUGGCGUGUGUAAGCCCCUCCCACCACAGCUUUGCAGAAAGUUUAAGCGUACUGAAGUUUGCGUCCAAGUCUCGCCACAUUCGCCACCGUACUGAUGUGGAAACACCUGAGGCGUUAACCUUUGACACCCCACCCCUGACUUCCAAAUAUGGUAAUCUGGACCAUGAAGUCCAGCCUCUGAGACCAGUACUGGAGCAGACCAGUCCACAUAACGAUGACAACCAGACACGAGAAACAUCUUACUCUUUAUUGGUCCAUCAAGCUGCUAAACUUCUCAAUGAGGUCUGUGGCACAAAAGUCAACGACUCUUUCACACGUCGAGUGCGGGAGUGGAAUAAGAGACUGAAGGCUGUCAGCUGUCAGUCAAAUCACAGCGAUGAUGUCAGCUGGGUGGCGGACGGAGACUCACGCCAUGUUGUCACCAAAGACACGAAGACGAGUCCGGAGUUUCUGGGGUCAGAUUUUAAAGUGAAAGAAGUAAAGGACUCCACCUUCACGCUGGCUUUUUGUGAGCAGAAAGAACAGAUCGAACGACUCGUGGAUCAGCAGAUCCUCAUCGACCGUCUUCGCUGCGACCUCAUGACCUUGAGGGGUAAAGCAUGCUGCAGGGGUCAACACGGACCUCACAGCGCCAGCUUGAUCCGACCCAGCUGUGGACACAUGCUGAUCAGCAAGAUGCACUCCAGUCUACCGGCCGAGUCGCUGGAGAGGCUGAUGGCUACCUUUAAGGUGACCAGCCAUCGCUUGCAGAGUGAGGAGGAGCGGAAGGAUUUCUGUCCUCUACUGAAACAAACACCAGAGGUCAAAGGACAAGAGACAAAAGACAGGAAGGACUUAGUCAGUGGACUUGGAUGGAUCAGCAGACAGAAGAAGUCGUCCCUGAAGGAAAAGACAUUCGGACAGGAGCAAACGUCCAAGCAAAGACCUCAGCAGGCUACUCGCAUCUCUGAGCAGUGUCGUACGAGGCAGAGAACCAGCUUGACUCAGAGGAGGAUCCAGAUGCUGUCCGCCAACAUGUCCUUAAAAGAGGAGCUGGUCAAAGAGAUGGAAAAAACCGAGAAGGACACCCUCGCAGCAGUGCGGCACGAUUCGGGCGACCGCAGAGAGGACGACGUGCUGGCGCGGCUCUCGGAGCAGAGCAGGAAGUGUCGAGCCACGCUGCGUAACAGCCUGCAGCACAUGGACCUGCUGAGGGCUCAGCUGCAGAAGAGCCUUAGGGGGGCCGGCCUUGAGAGCAGUGACAACCCUGAAGAAUGGAACCCUGACAGGGUGGACAGUCUGGUUCAUUUAAAGGUAUACAGAAAUCAACAACAGCAGGGGUCAAAGGAGCCACACGAGCGCUGUUGGCUGGAGGAGGCCGAGGAGUUGGAGCUCCGGAGGCGUGCCAAGCAGCAGGAGCUGGAGGAGGAGCUCAGGAGCAGCCGGGAGGUCCUUCAACGCAGGGAUGCCUGCCUGCAGCAGAAGAACAAACUGGAGAUGGCCAGGCUACGCUCCAGUCAGGCUUUGCGGCAGGAUCUUCUCCGUGUGUCAAUGCGCUUGGAAACGCUGGAGGAGAAGAAGCAUGCCGCACAAACAUCAAUGAAGGAGCGAGAGACGCUUAAAAAGAGGAGAGACUGCCUGGAUUCCCAACUUAAGGACAACAUCGUGCUAACUGUGGAGGAGGAGCAGUUGGACGAAGCUGUACAAGUCCUGGAUGCUGCUCUGGACUUCAAGCAACGAUCCAUUAAGGACCAGCAGGAGAAGAUGGCGUCGCCGUGCGAGAGCGCCCUUAUCGCUGACGUCACCGGGAAAGUGAGGACGCUCUCCCAAGCCGAAGCAUCGGAGCUGCUUGUCAAAUACUUCAACAAAGUGAUCAGCCUUCGUCAGACAGAAGGUCGCUUGUGUCUGUACUGCGAGGAGCUGGAGAUCUUGUGUGGCGAGCAGGAGGCGGCGUGCAGGCAGCUGGAGGCCGCCUUGCAGCACUUGGCCUUGGACGCUGACCGCAGGCUCACCCUGCAGCAACAGGAACAUCAAAGGAACAUCCAGUCUCUGCUGCACAAACUUCGAGACGGCAUCUCGGAUGAAGCACAGCUGGUACUCCAAGACCGUCUCCAGAACCUGGAGAAGGAACUGUUCUUCUACAAGCACUGUAGUCGCAAGCUGAGGAAGCAACUCAAGGAGUCGCAAAACGACCCCCAACCCGUCGACACGGAUGACCCUGCUCAAACGCACCCUGAGCAACAACCGAGCCCAUCCUCUUCUUCAUCAUCAUCGUCAGCGGACCUGCACGGGGGCGCCAAAGUGGCCCCCGAGUGUCACCAGAUAAGCUCGCUGGCGCGUUUCCACGGAUACAGCGAAAGAUGGCCGCCUCACCACCACCAUCACCACCACCUCGGGUCACGUACGGCGGCCGGUGUACGUCGUAAGAAGCUCAGGGAGCCAUCUCCCGCUGACGUGCAAGCUCGGGAUUCCGUGGUGGACACCGGCAUCGAGAUGCUGUCUGACGACUCGCUGGACGUGUCCGCUAGCAGUUAAUGGGAAUGUUGUGGCUGGUGAGUGAACAUUCCAACUGUUUUCCUAUGACAUCGUCCCCCAAUAACACAAUCUAGAGCAGGGGUCUCAAACUCAAUUUACUUGGGGGGCCACUGGAGCUAGGGUCUGGGUCAGACUGGGACACAUCAGGUCCCCCCCCCCCCC